AUGGCGAAUCCUGUACGUGAUGGGUACAGGGAAUUUGAGAAUGAAGAUGACACAGCAUCUGUUGCUCCUCAGAAUGUCCCACGCGGUCCAACUGAAGAUUCUUCUCUUUUCCAAGAAAGGUUAGCAACUAGCAAUACUCUAAGUCCAGAGCAGGCUUUCAUUCAUAUGGUUAAAGCUAUGUUAGGAACUGGAUUACUAUCAUUGCCAUUAGCUUUCAAGCAUUCCGGCUUAUUUCUUGGAUUAAUCUUGACAAUCAUCAUUUGUAUAGUUUGCUUGUAUUGUAUGCGACAAGUUGUCUUUGCUGCUCAUUUCGUAUGUAACAGAAAUGGUCGGGAUCUGAUUGAUUAUGCGAAUAUUAUGAGAGGAGCUGUUGAGAUGGGACCUCCGUGGAUCAAACGAAGAGGAUAUUUCUUCAAACAGUUAGUAAACGUCAACAUGUUCGUCUCUCAGUUUGGCUUCUGUUGUGUUUACUUUGUAUUCAUGGCUGAUAAUCUGGAAGAUUUUUUCAACAAUAAUACAAACAUCCAUAUGUCGAAAGCGGCUUGGAUGCUUGUGUUGAUGAUUCCAAUGAUGCUCCUUUGUUCGAUUAGAAGACUUUCUGUCCUGGCACCCUUAGCAAUGGGUGCCAAUGUGGUUUACAUCAUGGCCGUGGGUUUAGUCCUGUUUUACUUCGUCUCAAAUCUUCAACCAAUAAACUCAUUGCCAUGGUUUGGUAAUCUUUCUGACUUGCCUCUGUUUUUCGGUACUGUCAUGUUUGCGUUUGAAGGAGUCGCAGUGAUUAUGCCUAUCGAAAAUCGAAUGCAGUCACCUCAAUCAUUUAUUGCAUGGAAUGGUGUACUGAACUCCAGUUGUCUUGUUGUAUUAGCGAUUUUCCUGGUAACAGGAUUUUAUGGAUAUCUCUCAUUGGGAGAUGCUGUUAAAGACACUGCCACUCUGAACUUACCAAUGACACCCUUCUAUCAAACUAUCAAGUUGAUGUUUGUCGCGUGUAUAAUGAUCUCUUAUCCUUUACAAUUCUACGUUCCUAUGGAACGAGUAGAGAAAUGGAUUACACGAAAGAUCCCGGUUCAUCGACAAACUAGCUAUAUAUAUGGAACUCGUUUGGGGGGAGUCCUUCUCACCUGCGCUAUUGCUGAGCUUAUUCCUCAUUUAGCUCUCUUCAUCUCACUCAUUGGAGCAUUUUCGGGAGCUUCAAUGGCUUUACUGUUUCCCCCUUGCAUAGAAUUACUGACAUUGUAUGCCAAGGGACAGCUCACUAGAACUGUUUGGGUGAGGAACAUUUUCCUUCUUAGCUUCGCUCUAUUAGGUUUCACUACUGGAACAUACGCGGCUUUAUCCGAGAUUUGGAAAACCUUCUAA